AUGGGGGUCUCCGGUAGCGCCCCGGUCGCCCCCCACAACAAGCACCUGGCGCACGUCAGCGACCCCCGCUCCCCCAGCGCCGGCAUCUUCCGCACCCCCAUCGAGGUGGUGAGUUCCCCGGCGGGCAGCCCUCAGCCCGGUGCCGCCGAACCGGUGGCGGGGAGCAGGCAGGCCCAGGACCCGCGGUCGCCCACGCCCGGUGUCUCCCACACGCCCAGGAGAGCGGUGUCGAGUGAGAGCCUGGACCGCCUGGUGAGGCAGCUCAACGAGGCCUUCGGGGCCGAGGCCGCGGCCCAGGAGCCCGGACCGGCCAGUCCCGACGAGGAGCCGGUGGUGGAAGAACCGGCCCGGCGGAGCUCCCCGCCCGCCGCCGCCCCGGGGGAAGAAGCGGAGAGGCCGCCCUCUCCCAGCGCAGCCCCGGCUCGGCCAGGCCGCCUUGCCGGGCCUGGCGUCUCCUCGGGGAGCAAGCCUGUAAGACGCAAGACCAAUAACAAAAUCAUGACAACAUCUGGUGGAACUGGCCGCUCUCCCCUCAGCAUCCUACAAGAUGAUAACUCCCCCAGUGCUCCUGCCCCUCGCCAGGGUAAGAGGCAUGCGUUGGGAGAGAACCUUGGGGAGAAGAAGGAAGUGACGGUGGAUCUGAGCAGGAGCCUCAAAUCUGGGAACUGUGCUUGGAGAGACUUGAACAAAGAGAACCAACGGUGUCCUUUUGUGGAGAACUAG